CCGAACCACUUCAAGAUUUCCACCAUCAAACCGCUCACUCCCACUCUCCGUUAAUUCACCCUCCCAACGCAACACCCUAAUGGCGUCUAGGAGACUUACUCUUAGCCUUGCGCAGGGCAUGCGCAGUCGUGCUGCAAAUUCUUUUGCCCGCCCGUUAAAGAGAGGUUUUGCUACACCCGUAUCGUCUCCCAUAGGUGCGAAGACCCAGACCACAACGUUAAAGAACGGUCUAACGGUUGCGACCGAAUAUUCGCCAUGGGCGCAGACCUCGACGGUGGGAGUUUGGAUCGAUGCUGGUUCAAGAGCCGAGACGGAUGAGACAAGUGGCACCGCACAUUUCCUAGAGCACUUAGCCUUCAAGGGUACUAAGAAGCGGACGCAAAACCAACUAGAACUCGAGAUUGAGAAUAUGGGUGGUCAUCUUAAUGCUUAUACCUCGCGUGAGAGCACCGUAUAUUUCUCCAGAGCAUUCAACUCCGAUGUUCCUCAGUGCGUCGACAUCCUCGCCGAUAUUCUUCAGAACUCGAGACUUGAGCCUUCUGCGAUCGAACGAGAGCGCGACGUCAUUCUUCGGGAAUCAGAGGAAGUUGAGAAGUUGAUGGACGAGGUUGUCUUUGACCACCUCCACGCCACCGCAUACGCCCACCAACCUCUAGGCCGCACUAUCCUUGGUCCCCGACAGAAUAUCCGUGACAUCACACGAACUGAACUUGACAACUACAUCAAGACCAACUACACGGCCGACCGCAUGGUUCUAGUCGGUGCCGGUGGAAUUCCCCACGACAAGCUCGUUGAUCUCGCCGAGAAAAACUUUGCCGACCUCCCCACUACGUCACCCCACAACGAAGCCUACCUCCUGUCCAAGCGAAAGCCCAGCUUUGUCGGAUCCGAAGUCCGAAUCCGAGAUGACACCAUCCCAUCUGCCCACAUCGCCCUCGCCGUCGAGGGUGUAAGCUGGGGUGAUGAGGACUACUUCACUGCUUUGGUCACGCAGGCUAUCGUCGGCAAUUAUGACAAGGCUCUAGGUAGCGCACCCCACCAAGGAAGCAAGCUGGGCUCGUUCGUCCACAACAACGAUUUGGCUAGCAGCUUCAUGAGCUUCUCCACAAGCUACAGCGACACUGGUCUAUGGGGUAUCUACUUAGUGAGCGACCAACUCACCCGUCUCGAUGACCUAGUUCACUUCACCCUCCGAGAAUGGUCCCGCCUCUCCAGCAACGUCACCGAACCCGAGGUUGAGCGAGCGAAGGCGCAGCUCAAGGCCGCCAUCCUUCUUUCCCUUGACAGCACAUCCGCCGUAGCCGAGGAUAUCGGCCGACAACUAGUCACAACAGGCCGCCGAAUGAACCCCGGCGAGAUCGAGCGUCUCAUCGACCACAUUACGGAGAAGGACGUAAUGGAUUUCGCCAGACGCAAGCUCUGGGACCAAGACGUGGCCAUCAGCGCCGUCGGCAGCGUCGAGGGUCUCCUCGACUACCAACGCAUCCGCAACGACAUGAGCCGAAACUUCUAGACGCCGGGAUACAACAACGACGACGACGAUGAAAAACUUGCACUACAUUUACGUGAUUGGGAAAGGUAUGCCGCCGCGGUUUUUGGCGGCUGCGGCUUGUUUUAAAGUGAGAGUGGGGGAGGGGAGAAGGGGAGGGAACAAGGCACAAAGAAGAAAAACCCGGUCAUAGAGUGUACCGAUAACUGAUAAUCACACGCUUAGCUGUACCAUACCAUAAAGAUUUUCUCCUGUUACGUUUGCACCUUUGGGUGUGGUGUCUUUGGCUUGGUGAAUACGUGUGGUGUGUUGAAUUGUGAUGAUAAGGAUGGUCUUUUUAUCGUGGUAAGUAUGACCCUAUUCAUCUUGUCUCUCCCCUCCCCUCUACGUUCUAAGCUACCUACUAUAAUAGCAUUUACCAAACUUUGAACUCAUACUCCCAACCAUAAACACGUAGGGAGUUCUCAUCCUUUUACACUCAUAACAUACGAUGAGCUGAUAAGUCGAGAAUAGGGACC